UUGUUUUCAUUUUGUAUUUUUGUUUUUGUUUUGUGACAUUCAAUCAAUCAAUCAGUUAAUUGAUCCCAUAAUUGAUAUGUUGCCACAAAUUAUCUAUUAUUCACCCAUUAGUCGCCGUACAGUAUGUGUGGACAUUGACCAGACAGCGGCCGCCGCCGACGGUAUCGAUGGACUCUACGACCAAAUUUCCGAGAUUGAGGCCAUUUCGCCGAAUGAUUUCCAAUUGUAUACCAAUGGCCGACGGCUGACCACAUGGAACCAGUUAGUAGUAGUGGCCAACGAUUCUCUGGCAUCAACACCAACACCAACAACAACAACAACACUGACACUUCAUGUUGGCCUCAGGGGAGGCAAAGGUGGUUUCGGAUCGAUGCUCAGGGCUAUCGGUGCCCAAAUCGAAAAGACAACCAACCGGGAAGCGUGUCGCGAUCUGAGUGGCCGCCGAUUACGCGAUGUUAACGAAGAAAAGCGAAUCAAGGAGUGGAUCAAACGUGAAGCGCAACGCAAACAGGAAUCGGAUGACCGGCGACGGCAACGAUUGGAACGGAUGGCCGAAACGCCGAAAACUGAGUACAACGACACAGAGUUUGAACGAAUACGCGAAGAAAUACCGAACGCUGUGUCCGAUGCCUUGGAGUAUGGUUUGAAAGUACGUCAACAACGACAACAACAGGAACAGAGCGCCAGUAGUAGUAGUAGUAGUACGGCUACCAGUGCUGCGGCUGCUUGUAGUAGUAGUAGUAGUACUGGCGGUGAUAUUGACGGCGCCGCCGCUACCGCCGGUAGUAGUGGUGAACAAUUGAAACGGAAAGCCAAUGAUAGCCACAAUAUAAAGUCGAAAGCGAAGAAUAAAAAGAAGAAUAAGAAGAAGAAGAAGACCGAUCUUUGGCUGGGAGUCGACGACAUUGACACCGAUGAUGACGAUAGCAAUGAUGAUGCGGUUAGCGAUGAUGUGGUGGCGGCGACGACCAAACAGUUGACUACUGAGACCUAAUAGUACUGGUGGUUGUAGUAGUAGUAGUAGUAGUAGUAGUAGUAGUGAUGAUCAGAAAAUUGUUGAAAAAUAAUUGAUUAUCAAAUAAUAUUUAUUAAUACUAUUAUUUACGGUAAUUACAAAA